AGAAUCCGACGCAGUGAUGGAGGCUAUCCUAGGGCAAAUGAUUGAGGAUGAGUCAGAUGACCUCUCCGGUGAGGAUGGUUCAGAACGUGGGCUGGAUGAUCUUUCUGGUGAAGUGGAAGAUCUCGAACUACUGUUGCAGCAUGAAGAAGCAGAGGCAGCCGUUGAGUUGGCGUAUGGUGUGUCAGAAUCGGAAGAUCUCGAUUCUGACAAUGACGAUGACCUAGACGAGGCGAUUUGGGGUGUUGAUCCACAAGCAGCACGCAAAGCCAUCAAAAAAGCAGCACGUGCUACUCGUAAAGGAAAGAAUAAGGCCAAAGUCAGCUCAGGCUAUAUGUUUACCGAUGCAUUACAGAAGCAAUGGGAAGCCGAUCGUAAGAAGAAGGCAGCUAAGAAGGCUCUACGUGAAGUAGCACGACUUACUGGCGAGAUCAAAUCCAAGAAGAUGACGAAGGAGUCUAAAAAGGAAAGCUGGGAGAAAACCGAUCUGUUCAACACGCAUGAGAAUAUUAGAUACUUUAUAGAAAACUCUUUAGACCAAAAAUCUCUUCGACUAUCGCCCAUGAGUAAGAAGGGUCGUGCAAAGAUUCAUCUGGUGGCAAAUCUCUACGGACUGAAGAGUCACUCAAGUGGUAAAGGCAAGGCCCGUGCAACCACUGUAGAGCGUACUCAUUAUACUCGAGUUUGGGGAGUAGAUCUCAAAAAGAUACAAGCAAUCUUAUUUGGAAAGUCACCCCCAAAAGGUACACAAGCCUAUAAAGAUUAUCAAGGAGAAUAUAAUCUUAGACCGAUCCAAGGAAAUAAUAAAGAUGGAACAUUAGUUGGACAAGGAGCAAGUGAGAUUGGACAAGAGAAUGUUGGGUUUCGAUUAUUGGCUAAAAUGGGAUGGACUAAAGGAGAUACUAUGGGAUCUAUUAGUUCUAAUAAUGGAUUAACUGCUCCUUUAAUGGCUGUUGUAAAAAAUUCAAAGAAUGGUUUAGGUAUGACUAAUUUUUAUUGAAAGUCUUGCUAGUUGAGAAUUUUUUGAUUGUUUUUUCACCAAACUUUGUAUUACAAUCAGUAUUUUUGCUUGCUUCUGUUUUUUCUUUUUUACAUGGUAUGAGAGCAAUAAGCCAAUGGGGUGAGCGUAAGUAUACUUGCCUUGAUUAUAAUUGCUCAAUCAGGAUCUCCUGCUGUUCUUUCAAUCGCUCUUCAUUGAAGUGAUCUAUUUGAUGGCUUGAUGAUAAUUUAGGAAAUCAUAUGUAUGUACAAUCUGCCAUGUCAAAACAUCUUUGAG